AUGCCCUUAGCUAUCUUCUUCAAUUUGACCUUUGGUUUGGUCGUUGCUGUGGCCUCUAGUUUGGUCGCUGGUUCGGUCUCCGGUUUGGUCGCCGGUUCGGUCUCCGAUUUGGCCGCUGGUUUGGCCGCUGGUUCGGUCUCCGAUUUGGCCGCUGGUUUGGCUGCUGGUUCGGCCGCUGGUUCGGCCGCUGGUUUGGCCGCUGGGUUGGACUCUUUGAUGCUAGCAGACUGCUGCCGUCGCAAAGUCCAUUGGUGGAUUGCCCUCAUACAGGACCCUGCAGGCUUGCCCACUCGGCGACGGGUCAACCGCAGCGAUGGCCGUAAUUGA